AUGUUGGUCCGUCAAAGGAUUGCAGCUGUUGCUGCUCCGGCAGCCCUCGCGCGAGGAGCUACAAAAUCUUUUUCCACCACCUCGUCAUCGCGCUCCUUCGUGACGACGACCAAAGCUGCUGCACGACCAUCUGCAUCACAGCUUCUAUCAAAACAGCGCUCAAUCUUCGCUCGUCGUGCCUACGCAACUGAAGCUCCUGCUCCCGCCGCGCCCAAAAAGAAGCGCUUCAGAUUUUUCAGAUGGACCUAUCGUCUUACCGUGCUGGGCUUGUUGGGUGGAACGGGAUACCUUGGUUAUAGCAUCUAUCUCCUGCGUCAUCCUGAAGAGCAGGUUGAGCCCGAUCCAUCCAAGAAGACUUUGGUUAUUCUCGGCACCGGCUGGGGCUCCGUCAGUCUGCUCAAAAAACUCGACACCGAUAACUACAAUGUCGUCGUCAUCUCGCCUCGCAAUUUCUUCCUGUUUACGCCCCUGCUGCCGUCUUGCACAACCGGUCUGAUUGAACAUCGCUCUAUUAUGGAACCCAUUCGCAACAUCUUGCGCCAGAAGAAGACGGCCGUUAAAUACUACGAGGCUGAAGCCACCAAGAUUGAUUAUGAGAAGCGCUUGGUAUACAUCAGCGAUGAUUCCGAGAUCAAGGGUGAUGUGUCGCAUACCGUUGUCCCGUUUGAUAUGUUGGUUGUCGGUGUUGGAGCUGAGAAUGCUACUUUCGGUAUCCCCGGUGUCCGCGAAAACUCUUGCUUCUUGAAGGAAGUCGGCGACGCCCAGAAAAUUCGCAAACGUAUCAUGGACUGUGUCGAAACCGCCUCCUUCAAGGACCAGACCGAGGACGAAGUCAAGCGUCUUUUGCACAUGGUUGUCGUCGGUGGUGGUCCCACCGGUGUCGAGUUUGCUGGUGAAUUGCAGGAUUUCUUUGAAGAGGAUUUGCGCAAGUGGAUUCCUGGUAUCCAGGACAAUUUCCAUGUCACGCUUGUUGAGGCUCUGCCUAAUAUCCUCCCCAUGUUCUCCAAACAACUGAUUGAAUACACCGAAUCCAGCUUCAAGGAAGAAAAAAUCACCAUCCGCACAAAGACAAUGGUCAAGAAGGUAACCGACAAAUACAUCGAAGCUGAAGUCACCAAACCCGACGGAACCAAAGAACUCGAGAAGAUCCCCUAUGGUCUGCUUGUCUGGGCCACCGGUAACGCUGUCCGCAACGUCGUCAAGGACCUCAUGAGCCAAAUCCCCGCACAAAAGAACUCUCGCCGCGGUCUCGCCGUCAACGAAUUCUUGGUUGUCAACGGCACCGAAAAUAUCUGGGCCGUCGGCGACUGCGCCAUCACAAACUACGCUCCUACCGCUCAGGUGGCUAGCCAAGAAGGUGCCUUUUUGGCUCGCUUGUUUAACACCAUGGCCAAAACCGAAGCCCUCGAAGACGAACUCAAGAAAUUGUCCGUGGCCCAACAAGAAGCCAAGAACGACGAAGCACGUAACGAAAUCUUCGCCGAGAUCAAGGAACGCCAGCGUCAGCUCCGUCGCACCAAACAGAUUGGACCCUUCCAGUACUCGCAUCAAGGAAGUCUGGCGUAUAUUGGCAAGGAACGAGCUGUUGCCGAUAUUAGCUGGGUGAGCGGAAACAUUGCCAGCGGUGGUACGAUGACAUAUCUCUUCUGGCGAAGUGCGUAUUUGAGCAUGGUUUUUAGCGCACGAAACCGUAUCCUCGUGGCCACGGACUGGAUCAAAGCCAAGAUCUUUGGCCGUGACGUUUCGCGCGAGUAA